AUGGGUGUAACUCAAGGAACUUGGAUAUACCUUGUGUGCCAGAACUUCCUUAUAGAGUUAUAUAAAAUGCAGUCCAAUGAUGCUGAGAGUCAUAGAGAAUACAAAUACAAGAUGAAGACCAUCAUCCUGCUAUUGUGGAAUCUGGGGGUUUGCUUGGCUCAGUCUACAUAUCCAGGUUUUUCUCCUCCGAAGGAAAAGGUUGUGUCUGGUUCAAUGGACGAACAGGGUGUCUGUCAUUGUUCUCUUGCCAUUCCAGAUUUGUUUUCUACAGAACAAACUGAGUUUCUGGAGACAUCUAACCUCAACUUGGGUCGCAGGUUUCAGGAAGAAAUUGAUAAGAUACAAGACUACCAGCACAAGGUAGAUAUUUGCCUCAAAAUUAUAAGGAACCUGACACGAAGAGUGGCGUUCUGUGAAGAGGAAGACAGUUCAUUUAGCCAACUAGACUUUGAGAUGUUGAAAUUCGAGAUCAGUGAGUUGGACGCCUUGGUGAAAGAACUCAAGUCUUCAUUAACUGGGUCAAAUGAGAAAGUAGAAGCCCUGUAUAUGGAGAUAAGUAUUCUCAACAUAUCUGCCAUGGAGAACCAACCAGAGAGACAUGACAAGAACGAUAUUAUAGAUUUCAGAAAGCAAACCGCUUCCUUGCAAAAACGUCUGGAUGAACGCAGAAAACGUCAAUCACCUUUUCAUGUGCAGUUCGGUACUUGUGAACAUGGUGGGAUUAUGAAUAUUAGCAAACCACAAGUUGUCCAGAUCAACCGGAGGGGAACAUCCUACGUGACAGGCGGAUGGGGGAAGGACACAUUUUCGGGCUCCGCACAAGAAUUAUAUUGGGAGCUCAGUAACAAUAUUUCCAGCUACACUACGGUGCGAUUUUAUCCCACUUAUAAAGAUCUUAAGCAGUACAAAAACUAUAAGGACCAGACACUUUCUGUAACCGGUAGAGGAAAUGAUUUAACUCUAUAUGACAAUUCCUUAUACUAUAACUGCUACAGCACUGAUAUUUGCAAACUUAACUUGGACACUAACAAAGUAGAUCAUAAGACUCUAUCUAAUGCAGCUCAUGGAUUUUCCUACUCAAAAUCACAGUACCAAGACUUAGACUUGGAGGGAGAUGAAAACGGUCUGUGGGUUCUUUAUUCAAAGCAGGAUGUACAAGGUAAUAUAGUUAUCGGAAUGUUGAAUGAAACGUCCCUUGAAUUAAUGAAAACAUGGGUCACCUCUGUAUAUAGGCCUAACGUUACCAAUGCAUUCAUGGUAUGUGGGGUCAUGUAUGCAACAAGAACCCUCAACACAAGAGAAGAAGAGAUCUUCUACAUGUUUGAUACCAACACGAGUGAAGAACGCUUCCUGAAAAUCCCUUUCGAAAAGAUGUUGGACAAUAUUCAAAGUCUAUCCUACAACGCCAAUGACCACAAGCUCUACAUGUACAACAAAGGCUUUGAGGUAAUUUACGAUGUUAACUUCAAGCCUCUAGCUUAA